AGAGUAUAAAUAUCACGCAUGAAGUCUCAAAAUUGUGAAAGUGGAAUAGGAAACAAGCGAUCAUGAAGAUACUCGUGUCCUCUCUACUCUUCCUUGUGGUUUCUACCACGGCCCUCUCGAUACAACCAAAUCGAGUGGAUCUAAGAAGAAAUUCACCAAUAAAUACAAUAAGCAAAAUUGAAGCAAGUCUAGGAAUAAGAGCACAAGGAAAAGGAGCAGUGAAUUCAGGACAGAGUACAGCAGCGCAUGGAGGAUCAAGUGCAGUCGUUAACAUAGGAAUAAAUGCAGGAGGAAAAGGAGGAGUGAAUUCGGGAAAGAAUACAGGAGCGUAUGCAGGAUCAAAUGUAAACGCAAAAAUAGGAUUAGGUGCAGUAGUAGGAGCAGGAGUGAAUUCAGGAAAGAAUACAGGAGCGUAUGGAGGAUCAAAUGCAAACGCUAAAAUAGGAGUAGCUACAGCAGUAGGAGCAGGAGUGAAUUCAGGAAAGAAUACAGGAUCGCAUGGAGGAUCAAAUGCAAACGCUAAAAUAGGAGUAGCUACAGCAGUAGGAGCAGGAGUGAAUUCAGGAAAGAAUACAGGAUCGCAUGGAGGAUCAAAUGCAAACGCUAAAAUAGGAGUAGCUACAGCAGUAGGAGCAGGAGUGAAUUCAGGAAAGAAUACAGGAUCGCAUGGAGGAUCAAAUGCAAACGCUAAAAUAGGAGUAGCUACAGCAGUAGGAGCAGGAGUGAAUUCAGGAAAGAAUACAGGAGGGCAUGGAGGAUCAAAUGUAAACGCUAAAAUAGGAAUAGGUGCAGCAGGAGGAGUAAAUGCGAGAGGAGACUCAAAAGCUGGUCUAGGAAUAUAUGCAGGAGUACAUGGAGGAUCACAUGCAAGAGCUGAUUUAGGAAUAAAGGGAGGAAUAAAUGCAGCAGGACAUGGACGAUCAGGUUCAAACACUGGUGCAAAUGUAAAUGCAGGAAUAAAUGUGAGAACGAAAGAAGGAUCAAGUGCAAAAGCUAGUAUAGGAAUAAAUGCAGGAGUAAAUGUGGGAGCGCAUGGAAGAUCAAAUGCAGGAGCUAAAAUAGGAAUAAACACAAGAGUACAUGCGGGAGAUAAUAGAGGAUCAAAAGCAGGAGCAAAUCUAGGAAUAAGUGCAGGUCUACAUACAAGAUGGAACCUUCCCUCUCAAGAACAUAACCAACACAAAAACCAUCAUGAAUCUCAUUUAUCUUACAUUCCCAGUUUCCAUAAUCUACCCAAAUUACCACAUAUACCAUUACCACAUAUACCAUUGCCACAUAUACCAUUACCUCAUAUACCAUUUCCACCUUUCCACUUUUGGUCCACUAGCACUACUUCUACUACUACUGAAAAACCAUGUGAAUCUGAGUCUACUAGCUCUUCUACUUCUAAACAUCCAAUUGAAACAUCGAGUAGCUCUGCAUCGCCUAGUUCUUCCAGUCCCAAACAACCAAGCGUAGCACCAAGCAGCUCAGCCUCGCCUAGUUCCUUCAACUCUGAACAACCCAGUGAAGCACCUAGUAGUUCGGUCUCACCAAGUUCUGAAUCUACCCCUUGUGAAGAACCAAGCAAAGCACCCAGCAGCUCUGCCUCACCAAGUUCUUCAAGUUCUGAACAACCUAGUGAAGCACCUAGCAGCUCUGCCUCGCCUAGUUCUUCCAGUUCUGAACAACCAAGCGCAGCACCCAGCAGCUCUGCCUCACCAAGUUCUUCAAGUUCUGAACAACCUAGUGAAGCACCUAGCAGCUCUGCCUCGCCUAGUUCUUCCAGUUCUGAACAACCAAGCGCAGCACCCAGCAGCUCUGCCUCACCAAGUCCUUCCAGUUCUGAACGACCUAGUGAAGAACCCAGCAGUUCUGCCUCACCUAGUUCUUCCAGUUCUGAAAAACCCAGUGAAGCACCCAGCAGCCCUGCCUCGCCUAGUUCUUCCAGUUCUGAACAACCAAGUGAAGCAUCUAGUAGUUCGGCCUCACCAAAUUCGGAAUCUACUCCUUGUGAAGAACCAAGCGAAGCACCCAGCAGCUCUGCCUCGCCUAGUUCUACCAGUUCUGAACAACCUAGUGAAGCAUCCAGCAGCUCUGCCUCGCCUAGUUCUUCCAGUUCUGAACAGCCCAGUGAAGCACCCAGCAGCUCUGCCUCGCCUAGUUCUUCCAGUUCUGAACAACCCAGUGAAGCACCCAGCAGCUCUGCCUCGCCUAGUUCUUCCAGUUCUGAACAACCAAGUGAAGCAACCAGCAGUUCUGCCUCACCAAGUCCUUCAAGUUCAGAACAACCAAGCGAAGCACCAAGCAGCUCUGCCUCGCCAAGUCCUUCCAGUUCAGAACAACCAAGCGAAGCACCAAGCAGCUCUGCCUCGCCUAGUUCUUCCAGUUCUGAACAACCAAGUGAAGCACCUAGUAGUUCGGCCGCACCAAAUUCGGAAUCUACUCCUUGUGAAGAACCAAGCGAAGCAUCUAGCAGCUCUGCCUCGCAUAGUUCUACUAGUUCUGAACAACCCAGUGAAGCACCCAGCAGCUCUGCCUCGCCUAGUUCUUCCAGUUCUGAACAACCCAGUGAAGCACCCAGCAGUUCUGCCUCACCCAGUCCUUCCAGUUCAGAGCAACCAAGCGAAGCACCAAGCAGCUCUGCCUCGCCUAGUUCUUCCAGUUCUGAACAACCCAGUGAAGCACCAAGCAGCUCUGCCUCACCAAGCUCUUCUAGUUCUGAACAACCAAGCGAAGCACCCAGCAGUUCUGCCUCACCAAGUCCUUCCAGUUCAGAACAACCAAGCGAAGCACCAAGCAGCUCUGCCUCGCCUAGUUCUUCCAGUUCUGAACAACCAAGUGAAGCACCUAGUAGUUCGGCCGCACCAAAUUCGGAAUCUACUCCUUGUGAAGAACCAAGCGAAGCACCUAGCAGCUCUGCCUCGCCCAGUUCUACUAGUUCUGAACAACCCAGUGAAGCACCCAGCAGCUCUGCCUCGCCUAGUUCUUCCAGUUCUGAACAGCCCAGUGAAGCACCCAGCAGCUCUGCCUCGCCAAGCUCUUCCAGUUCUGAACAACCAAGCGAAGCACCCAGCAGUUCUGCCUCACCAAGUCCUUCCAGUUCAGAACAACCAAGCGAAGCACCAAGCAGCUCUGCCUCGCCUAGUUCUUCCAGUUCUGAACAACCAAGUGAAGCACCUAGUAGUUCGGCCGCACCAAAUUCGGAAUCUACUCCUUGUGAAGAACCAAGCGAAGCACCUAGCAGCUCUGCCUCGCCCAGUUCUACUAGUUCUGAACAACCCAGUGAAGCACCCAGCAGCUCUGCCUCGCCUAGUUCUUCCAGUUCUGAACAGCCCAGUGAAGCACCCAGCAGCUCUGCCUCGCCAAGUUCUUCCAGUUCUGAACAACCCAGUGAAGCACCCAGCAGCUCUGCCUCGCCAAGUUCUUCCAGUUCUGAACAACCCAGUGAAGCACCCAGCAGCUCGGCCUCGCCUAGUUCUUCCAGUUCUGAACAACCCAGUGAAGCACCCAGCAGCUCUGCCUCACCAAGCUCUUCCAGUUCUGAACAACCAAGCGAAGCACCCAGCAGUUCUGCCUCACCGAGUCCUUCCAGUUCAGAACAACCAAGCGAAGCACCAAGCAGCUCUGCCUCGCCUAGUUCUUCCAGUUCUGAACAACCAAGUGAAGCACCUAGUAGUUCGGCCGCACCAAAUUCGGAAUCCACUCCUUGUGAAGAACCAAGCGAAGCACCUAGCAGCUCUGCCUCGCCUAGUUCUACUAGUUCUGAACAACUCAGUGAAGCACCCAGCAGCUCUGCCUCGCCCAGUUCUUCCAGUUCUGAACAACCCAGUGAAGCACCCAGCAGCUCUGCCUCACCAAGCUCUUCCAGUUCUGAACAACCAAGCGAAGCACCCAGCAGUUCUGCCUCACCAAGCUCUUCCAGUUCUGAACAACCCAGUGAAGCACCCAGCAGCUCUGCCUCGCCAAGUUCUUCCAGUUCUGAACAACCCAGUGAAGCACCCAGCAGCUCGGCCUCGCCUAGUUCUUCCAGUUCUGAACAACCCAGUGAAGCACCCAGCAGUUCUGCCUCACCAAGUCCUUCCAGUUCAGAACAACCAAGCGAAGCACCAAGCAGCUCUGCCUCACCUAGUACUUCCAGUUUUGAACAACCCAGUGAAGCACCCAGCAGCUCUGCCUCGCCUAGUUCUUCGAGUCCUGAACAACCCAGUGAAGCACCUAGUAGCUCUGCCUCGCCAAUUUCUGAAUCUACUCCUUGUGAAGAAUCAAGCAAAGCACCCAGCAGUUCUGCUUCACCAAGUACUUCCAGUUCUGAACAACCAAGUGAAGCACCCAGCAGCUCUACUUCACCUAGUCCUUCCAGUUCUGAACAACCUAGUGAAGAACCCAGCAGCUCUACCUCGCCUAGUUCUUCCAGUUCUGAACAACCGAGCGUAACACCUAGUAGUUCGGCCUCACCAAGUUCUGAAUCUACCCCUUGUGAAGAUCCGAGCGAAGCACCCAGCAGCUCGGCUUCACCAAGUUCUUCCAGUUCUGAACAACCCAGUGAAGCACCAAGCAGCUCUGCCUCACCUAAUUCUUCCAGUUCUGAACAACCCAGUGAAGCACCAAGCAGCUCUGCCUCACCUAGUUCUUCCAGUUCUGAACAACCCAGUGAAGCACCCAGCAGCUCUGCCUCGCCAAGUUCUUCUAGUUCUGAACAACCGAGCGUAGCACCUAGUAGUUCUGCCUCACCAAGUUCUUCCAGUUCUGAACAACCAAGUGAAGCACCCAGCAGCUCUGCCUCACCAAGUUCUGAAUCUACCCCUUGUGAAGAACCAAGCGAAGCUCCCAGUAGCUCGGCCUCACCAAGUUCCUCCAGUUCUGAACAACCAAGUGAAGCACCCAGCAGCUCUGCCUCUCCAAGUUCUUCCAGUUCCGAUCAACCAAGCGAAGCUCCCAGUAGCUCUGCCUCACCAAGUUCUUCUAGUUCUGAACAACCUAGUGAAGCACCCAGCAGCUCUGCCUCACCAAGUUCUGAAUCUACCCCUUGUGAAGAACCAAGCGAAGCACCCAGCAGCUCUGCCUCGCCUAGUUCUUCCAGUUCUGAACAGCCCAGUGAAGCACCCAGCAGCUCUGCCUCGCCAAGUUCUUCCAGUUCUGAACAACCCAGUGAAGCACCCAGCAGCUCGGCCUCGCCUAGUUCUUCCAGUUCUGAACAACCCAGUGAAGCACCCAGCAGCUCUGCCUCACCAAGCUCUUCCAGUUCUGAACAACCAAGCGAAGCACCCAGCAGUUCUGCCUCACCAAGUCCUUCCAGUUCUGAACAACCAAGCGAAGCACCCAGCAGCUCUGCCUCACCUAGUUCUUCCAGUUCUGAACAACCAAGUGAAGCACCCAGCAGCUCUGCCUCACCAAGUUCUUCCAGUUCCGAUCAACCAAGCGAAGCUCCCAGUAGCUCUGCCUCACCAAGUUCUUCCAGUUCUGAACAACCAAGUGAAGCACCCAGCAGCUCUACCUCACCAAGUUCUGAAUCUACCCCUUGUGAAGAACCAAGCGAAGCACCCAGCAGCUCUGCCUCGCCUAGUUCUUCCAGUUCUGAGCAGCCCAGUGAAGCACCCAGCAGCUCUGCCUCGCCAAGUUCUUCCAGUUCUGAACAACCCAGUGAAGCACCCAGCAGCUCGGCCUCGCCUAGUUCUUCCAGUUCCGAUCAACCAAGCGAAGCUCCCAGUAGCUCUGCCUCACCAAGUUCUUCCAGUUCUGAACAACCAAGUGAAGCACCCAGCAGCUCUGCCUCACCAAGUUCUGAAUCUACCCCUUGUGAAGAACCAAGCGAAGCACCCAGCAGCUCUGCCUCGCCUAGUUCUUCCAGUUCUGAACAACCCAGUGAAGCACCCAGCAGCUCUGCCUCGCCUAGUUCUUCCAGUUCUGAACAACCCAGUGAAGCACCCAGCAGCUCUGCCUCACCAAGCUCUUCCAGUUCUGAACAACCAAGCGAAGCACCCAGCAGUUCUGUCUCACCAAGCUCUUCCAGUUCUGAACAACCAAGCGAAGCACCCAGCAGUUCUGCCUCACCAAGUCCUUCCAGUUCUGAACAACCAAGCGAAGCACCCAGCAGCUCUGCCUCACCAAGCUCUUCCAGUUCUGAACAACCAAGCGAAGCACCCAGCAGUUCUGCCUCACCAAGUCCUUCCAGUUCUGAACAACCAAGCGAAGCACCCAGCAGUUCUGCCUCACCAAGCUCUUCCAGUUCUGAACAACCAAGCGAAGCACCCAGCAGUUCUGCCUCACCAAGUCCUUCCAGUUCUGAACAACCAAGCGAAGCACCCAGCAGUUCUGCCUCGCCUAGUUCUUCCAGUUCUGAACAACCCAGUGAAGCACCCAGCAGCUCUGCCUCACCAAGCUCUUCCAGUUCUGAACAACCAAGCGAAGCACCCAGCAGUUCUGCCUCACCAAGCUCUUCCAGUUCUGAGCAACCAAGCGAAGCACCAAGCAGCUCGGCCUCGCCUAGUUCCUCCAGUUCUGAACAACCAACUGAAGCACCCAGCAGCUCUGCCUCGCCUAGUUCUUCCAGUUCUGAACAACCAAGUGAAGCUCCCAGUAGCUCUGCCGCGCCUAGUUCUUCCAGUUCUGAACAACCAAGUGAAGCUCCCAGUAGCUCUGCCUCACCAAGUUCUUCCAGUUCUGAACAACCAAGUGAAGCACCCAGCAGCUCUGCCUCACCAAGUUCUGAAUCUACCCCUUGUGAAGAACCAAGCGAAGCACCCAGCAGCUCUGCCUCACCAAGUUCUGAAUCUACCCCUUGUGAAGAACCAAGCGAAGCACCCAGCAGCUCGGCCUCGCCUAGUUCUUCCAGUUCUGAACAACCAAGCGAAGCACCCAGCAGCUCUGCCUCACCUAGUUCUUCCAGUUCUGAGCAACCAAGCGAAGCUCCCAGCAGCUCUGCCUCACCAACUUCUUCCAGUUCUGAACAACCUAGUGUAGGACCUAGUAGUUCGCCCUCACCAAGUUCUGACUCUACUCCUUGUGAUGAAUCAAGCGAAGGACCAAGCAGUUCUGGCUCCCCUAGUUCUUCCAGUUCUCCCCAACCGAGCGGAGCACCAAGUAGUUCUGCCUCACCAAGUACUGAUUCCACCCCUUGGACCCCAUCGACUGGUGUACCUUACCACUUUACGAAUCCUGCCGGUCGACAUUGCAUUUGCUAUUGAUUUUUAAAAUUAUGUGAAAUUAUUUAAUCCGGCUCAAUACUAUUUCAAAUUGACACAAAUUGUUUGUGUCUGUCCAAAAUGUAAUUAAUUACUAAAAAUAUUAUUAAUUAUCAAGUGACUUAAUUUAUGAUGGGUUCUCUCCGUAAAUUAAGCCCAACUAUUAUUUUAUCAAAAUAAAAUAUUGGAGCAAAUGAAUCAAUAUAUCCAAAAAUUCAUAUCAGA